AAAGGGAGUGUGGUGUGGAAGAGUAAGCUAAGCUAAGCCAUAUUAACCAUCGCUAAUUGCGUUUAGCCAAUACUUUUAAUCUUACAAAAAUACACCAGUUCAACCAUUUUCUUCUUCUUUCUUUUCCCACUACUUCACUGGAAUAAUUAAGUGUAAAUAAAAGGGGGUUUUAUUACUUCUUCAAUUUCUUUUCUUUCCUCAGAACUGUAGCAUCAAAUUAAAGAUGAGUGCCAUAGAAAUUCCUAGAACUGUCCUUGGCAUCAUUGGAAAUAUCGUGUCGCUGAUUUUAUUUUUGUCUCCUAUACCAACAUUUCGCAAGAUAAUUAAUCAAAAGGCAGUAGAAGAAUUCAAGCCCGAUCCCUACCUAGCAACAGUUCUUAAUUGUGCAAUGUGGUCAUUCUAUGGCCUGCCUAUUGUCGAAGAAGACAGCAUUCUGGUCACUACAAUCAAUGCUGCUGGUUUAGUCAUAGAGCUCACUUAUGUUGCCAUCUUCUUCGUCUUCGCUCCUUUCCACAAACGGAAGAAGAUCGUCAUAGUACUUGUUCUUGAAUUGAUUAUAAUGGCGGGUGUUAUUAUCAUUACCAUGGGGAUCUUCAGUAGUAUCAAGAAAAGAGCAACUUUUGUUGGGAUAUUGUGUAUCAUCCUCAAUGUAAUUAUGUACACUUCUCCAUUGACUGUCAUGAGGAUGGUUAUAAGAACAAAGAGUGUUAAGUACAUGCCAUUUUACCUUUCACUGGCUAGCUUAUGUAACGGAUUGAUUUGGGUGGCUUAUGCAGCCCUUAGAUUCGAUAUCUACCUUGUGCUUCCAAAUGGUUUGGGAGCAUUAUCUGGAUUGGUACAGAUCGUACUCUAUGCAAUAUACUAUAGGACAACUCGAUGGGAGGAUGAUGAUCAUGAAACUUCCAGACAACCUGAGGUUCAAGUAUCCAGUAGGGUUUAAUCUCAACUUUUGUAGUUUCUCUUUCAAUUUUUUCCUUUUAUCAUCUUCCCGUACAUUAAAAUUAGUGUAAUAGUUCGGGUUCAUUUCUUUUAGCUAAGAAGACAAAGAUUAAGACUCAAUUUUUCC